AUGUGCCCGUUGGCCGUUGACGGACCUACCAAGCUGCUGCUGCUGUCGUGCUACGCCAAGAUCUUCCAGGCAUACCGCCAGAUGUUUGCCGAAGUUUACUCUGGAUUACGGAGCGGCGCAAAUAUGACAGAUUUGCUGUACGACCUGCGCGUCGAGGACAUCGUCCUCGACGGAGACGACGAACUCAAGAUCCUCGUGCUCAUACAGGUCGUGAUCCAUAAACUGAACACUCUAGGCGUGCAUCUGGGUGUUCCGGAGCGACACUAUGUCGGUGUCGGGUCUGGUACCCCGCUGGGGACGAGGCGAACCCAAUCCCGGGGUCUUCAGUCGAGCUCCGAAGAGACGGAACCGACGCUGGAUGCCAUUCUGUCGGGAAACGAGAGCGACCGGUGUGUGUUCUGGGGCGAGUUCAAAGAACAAAACAGGUGCAUGGAGAGCGCGGCGGCUGCGUUCCGGGAGGAGCUUGGGCUCCUCCGGGCUCAGCUCGGACACUGGAGCCGUUGCAGGACUGUGCCUCUUGGAGAGUCCCACGGUUUCUAA